AUGGCGACGUUUGAAUUGUACCGUAGGUCCACAAUCGGCAUGUGUUUGACUGAAACACUUGACGAGAUGGUCUCGAACGGAGGUCUCAGUCCUGAACUCGCCAUUCAAGUCCUCGUUCAGUUCGACAAGUCGAUGACUGAAGCUCUGGAAACCCAAGUCAAAAGCAAGGUCUCCAUCAAGGGACAUCUGCACACCUAUAGGUUCUGUGACAAUGUUUGGACCUUCAUUUUACAAGAUGCUACAUUUAAGAACGAGGAGGGCCACGAGAAUGUUGGUCGAGUUAAGAUAGUGGCAUUAGAGGGGGACGGUGGAAGGGAAGAUAGUGAGAGAAGUGGAGCGAGAGUUCAUCCAAUCAGUUAUGCAUUAUAUGAUUUGUUGUUUUCACCAAUUGGUUUCAUAGCUGGUCUUGUUGCUUGUAACAUUCAUGGUAGAUCGGAGCAGGCACAGUAA